AUGCCGGAGACCGGGCAGGAGCCGCCCAGCGCCCCGCCGCCGCCGCCGCCCAAGGAGUCCUUCUAUAUCAAGAACCUGCUCAACGGUGACCCCCCCAAGGCGCCCCCGAAGCAGCCGCGGGCGCUGUUCGCCCCCUCAGGCAAGACGGCGGUGGACGGGGCCGGCUUCGCCCUCUCGCAGGUGGGCGACCUCGCCUUUCCCCGCUUCGAGAUCCCGGCGCCGCGCUUCGCCCUGAGCGCCCACUGCCUGGAGCGCGCCCAGACCUGGUGGUACCCCUACGCGCUCACGCCGGCCGGAGCCCACCUGCCCCGCACGGAAGCUGCGGAGAAAUCCCUCCUGAGGGACUCGUCCCCCGCCUCGGGCACCGACAGGGACUCCCCGGAGCCGCUGCUCAAGGCGGACGCAGAGCACAAGGACCUCGACUCCAAGAGCCCCGACGAGAUCGUCCUGGAGGAGAGCGACUCGGAGGAGGCGAAGAAGGAGGGCGGCGGGGAGGACUGGAAGAAGCGCGAGGAGAGCCCCGAGAAGAAGCCGUGCCGCAAGAAGAAGACGCGCACGGUGUUCAGCCGCAGCCAGGUCUUCCAGCUGGAGUCCACCUUCGACAUGAAGCGCUACCUGAGCAGCUCGGAGCGGGCCGGCCUGGCCGCCUCGCUGCACCUCACAGAGACCCAGGUGAAGAUCUGGUUCCAGAACCGCCGCAACAAGUGGAAGCGGCAGCUGGCGGCCGAGCUGGAGGCGGCCAACCUCAGCCACGCGGCCGCGCAGCGCAUCGUCCGCGUCCCCAUCCUCUACCACGAGAACUCGGGCGCGGAGGGCGGCGCGGCGGGCGGCAGCGCCCCCGGCACCCAGCCGCUGCUCACCUUCCCCCACCCCGUCUACUACUCCCACCCCGUGGUCACCUCCGUGCCGCUCCUGCGGCCCGUCUGA